AAAACACAGGGACACAAAGUCAGGUAAAAUACUAAAGCUCCAAAUUCACAGUAAAUGAUAAACUGCAUGCUGUUUGCCUAAUUAAGAAACAAAAUGAAGUUUGUACAAAGGAUACUUCUCAUAAUACUGUUUGUUGGAUUUAGUAAUUUUCCAUUAUGCUCAUCUCGUUUUUAUUACAUCAUCAAUGAGUUGAAGACUUGGCCUGAUGCUCAAAACUACUGCAGAACAUACUUUUAUGAUUUAGCAACAUUUGACAGCCAGGCAGAGCAAGAUCAAGUAGUUCAAACAAUUGUGAGCCAAGGUUACACGGGUAGUGUUUGGACAGGCAUAUAUGAUGAUCGCUACAGCUGGAGAUGGUCCAACGUUCAGAAAAAUUUUACAUACACUAACUGGGGGAAUCAACAACCAGACAAUUAUCAAGGAAGAGAGCCUUGUACUUACAUGUAUUCUUCAGGAGCUUGGCAAGAUGAGCCAUGUACAUUGUAUCUAUAUUUCCUGUGUUAUAAUGCCACAACAAACACAACUGUCCUGAUCACUCUGUCUAAAACUUGGACUGAUGCUUUGAAGUACUGCAGACAGUAUCACACAGAUUUGGCUGCAAUUGAAAAUCAAGCUCAGAAUGAACAACUCCGUCUGUUGAAUCCAAAUGGGUUUGCAGUUCACAUUGGUUUAUACAGAGACACCUGGAAGUGGUCGGAUCAGAGUAUCCUCUUAUUCAGUCCUUGGAGAUCCACUGAACCAAAUAAUUAUGGAGGAGCAGAGUAUUGUGCAGAACUAUCUUUGUCUUUGUCACGUUGGAAUGAUAUACCAUGUACUCAAAACUACAGAUUUGUCUGCAGCAGUGCACAGAAGAUUCAAAUACUGAGAGUGCAAGUGCAGGCACCAUCAAGCCUCAAUGUUAAUGAUAUUAGUACCACUUUUGUGAAGCAGUUCCAGCAAACGCUGAGGGCACAUGGACUGCCGAUCAACACCAAGCUGACAUUGAGGACACAGCCAGAUGGAAAAACAUUCCACAUUAAGAAUGUGAAAGAACCAAAAAGGUCACAAAAUGCACAGCUGGUAAAAACUGAUGUUUCUAACAGAAGAAUGGCUCAAAUAAUCAGCUUGUAUUAGUUACUGUACAUUCACAAUGUAUCUUUAAAAUAACUAAACUAGACUAAACUAACAUAAUUAGCUCAAUUUUGUUUCUAUAUUGUGUAAGUUAAAGGUGCUGUAAGUGUUCUGGAACUUCCGCUUAGCCACUGAAUUAGACAGACUCCCUAUUUCUGAAACUCCACACUCCACAAAUACUGUUGUACCUAUAGAGAUAAUUGAAAUCAAAGAUAGAGCACAAAAGCAGCAGCACAUAUUCAGGUUAUUUUGGGACAACUAUUUCAGUAAUAUCGGUCAGGUAAUACCAAAGGUGUGGGAAGAGGGUGCUUCAGAUUUCAUAUGCACCAUUGUAUUUAUGCAGUAUAUACACAAUACAAUUUUCACUUUCAGUAUAUCUGACAGUUAUGUUAAUAAAAACUGCAUACCGUUUCGGAGAGAUUUGUCAUGCUUGUAGGCAGGGCUCUGUCGAACUGAAGUGAGUCCUUUGAUAGAUAUUAGUGAACUUUUUAUUCUCCUUUUUUCCUUUUAUUUGCACAAAAGCAAAAGGGGUCAUGUCAUGAGGAAUACAAUUUGCCUUGAUAUUUUGACAAAUAUCUACUAGAAAAACAUACAGUGUAA